ACGGGAAGCUGGUAGAUGAAAGGAUGGUGGCCAAUGGCAGACCUUCAACAACACAGGUCGUGUUGCUGGCUACAAGUUCAGCUCUGACAGCCCUCUUAUACAGCAUAUAUAAGAGGAAAUCAAGCCAUGUAGUUAGAUUAAGGGAGGCCAAAAAGAUGUCAUUAAAUCCAGAUCUUAAAACAAUCCUCAGUGAAGCUCCAGGAAAGUGUAUUCCUUACGCAGUUAUUGAAGGAGUUGUGCGGUCUGUCAAGGAGACCUUGAACAGCCAGUUUGUAGACAACUGCAAAGGCGUCAUCGAGAGGUUGACCUUAAAGGAGAAGAAGAUGGUGUGGAAUCGUACAACACAUCUUUGGAAUGAGAACGAGAAGGUUAUCCACCAACGCACCAACACCGUGCCUUUUGAUCUCAUCCCGCACGACGACACGGUCCCUGCAGCCGUUCGUGUGGUCCGUCCGCUCGAUGCGGCCGAAUUGGAUUUGGAGACCACCUAUGAGAACUUUCACCCAUCCCAGCAGUCUCUGACCAAUGUUAUCGGCCACUUUAUCAGCGGCGAGCGCCCACAAGGCAUCCAGGAGACGGAGGAGAUGCUGCGUCUGGGUGCCACCAUGACAGGUGUUGGGGAGCUGGUGCUAGAUAACAACCUGGUCCGUCUUCAACCUCCCAAGCAGGGCCUGCGUUAUUUCCUCAGCCGUCUGGAUUACGACACACUCCUGAGCAGUCAAGAGAGGAACUUGAGGCUCUGGAAGGUGCUGACGGUGCUGUUUGGCUUGGCUGCCUGCGCCACGUUAUUUUACAUGCUGUGGCGGCAGUACGUUCUGCGCAGAGAUCGAGGGAAAGAGCGCAGCAUGCUGGAAGAAUUCAAGAAGUGGAAGAACAGACGUAUUAAAGAGCUCAACCUGACGGAGGAUGACGUUUCCCUCAACAUGUGCACGAUAUGUCUGAGUAAUGAGCGUUCCUGUGUGUUUCUAGAGUGUGGACAUGUCUGCACCUGCGAGGAUUGCUAUAGGGCUCUGCCCACACCUAAGAAAUGCCCCAUAUGUAGGGCUCGAAUAGACAGGAUUGUUCCUUUGUAUAACAGCUAGGGGGCCUUAAUAUAAACAUACAAUAGUAUGCUUGGAAAUAAGUAAGGGGCAGAUUAUUGUGCGCAAGCACAGUAUUUGAAUGCUGUAUCACAUUGUUAUAGGACUCCAAUUCCUGACCAAAACCAAGAUGGUUGACAGGGAUUUUAAGAAGUUAUUUGGGAAUUGUAAUCAUCACUUGUGCCUGUGUGAACUUAAAUUCAUUGCACUUAUUUCAUGGCAAAAACAUUUAAUAAAAAGCAAAUGCUGAAAGAAAUAAAGCCUAUUUUAGGACCACUGAGAACUAUGCACAUACUCAUUACAAGUGUUGGGGGUUACGCAUUACAAGUAAUACGUUAUAAUAUUACUUUUCUGAAGUAACAAGUAAAGUAACACAUUACUUUAUAAUUGUACACAAUAAUAUUUCACUCUGUGCACCUGAGCGGGAACAGUUUGAGUCAGAAACGGAGAUGGCAGGCCAGAUCUGGACAUUUUUGCGAUCAUAAAAAACACCUGCAAGGCCUGAAAGAGAUCAAGCUUCAGCCAAGAAAAAGUAACGCUGAAGUAAUUUUAAAGUAACGUAAGCAUUACUUUCCAUGAAAAGUAACUAAGUAACGCAAUUAGUUACUUUUUUGGGGAGUAACUUAAUAUUGUAAUGCAUUACUUUUAAAAGUAACUUCCCCAACACUGCUCAUUACAAUAAUGACAUCCAGACAUAUUACUAUUGAGUUUUGUGUUAGUUUGUCAUAUUCUCAUAUAGAUCUUAUCUGUAUAUGCAAUGAGAAUUUUUUUAACUGUAUUACGGCAAAACUGUACUGCUUGUUAAUAUUAUGAUGCAGACAAUCUUAAUUAUCCUUCGGGCAUGGGCCGGUUUCAAGGGAUACCAAGGUUUCAAAACCACUAAAAUUUUCAGUGAUGCCAUUCACAAGGUAUUAGCUGUUUACACACAAAAUGAACUAAAGGCGGGAUGCACGAUUUUUGAGAAACGCUUUGGAAAGGAGUCGGGGCGAGUACCAAAACACACUUGUAGCCAAUCAGCAGUAAGGGGCGUGUCUACUAACCGACACCGUUGCCUAGGUUGCGUAUGUUUAGGUGAUUUCAAAUGUCAACAUUGACUUUCAGAGAUCAUGCACCCCACCUUUAAAUCAUUAUAUCACGUAAUUGAUUUGAUGUUUUUAUUUUUAUUUAUAUUACAAAAGGACAUUUUUUGAAAGAAUAUCAUUUAAAAGCAGUGGUCUCCAACAUGGUGCCCGAGUCUGUGAGGUGCCCGCCAAAGCAUAUUCUAUUAAUAUUCUCAAUUGUAAUAUUUAUUUAUUACAUUUUUUAUAUUAGCUUGGCUUAUUUUAUGUAUGUUAACAUUGAAACAAUGAUAAAACAUAUCAACAAGUAAAAUAAAAUAAAACCAACAAGUAAAACAAAAAAGUUUUGAGUAGACUAUAUCAAAAAGUAGCCAUCCAGAUUGUUUUAUUAAUUGUGAUAGCCCUCACAAAAAGGUUGGAGACCCCCUAUUUAAAGGCUUCAUUUUUACCUGUCAUACAUGUUGUAUGUUGCUUAAAAAUAUGUAUUGUGUCCAGUGGAAAGAUGUUGUUUGUAUACACAGACAUUCAAAAAUAGCACAUUUUAAUGUUGCAAUGGCAAUAACCCAACACUGUAAAACCACCAUAAUCUCAUACCGGCCCAUGUCUAUUCAUUGUAUUUGUGAAAAAUAUGUUUUUCAUUUUUUGAACAUGUUUGGUUAAUUCAUCCCUAUUUAGAUUUAGUAUGUUUGGUGGUAGGGAGAUGGGAGACAUUAUUUUUAAAAGCUUUAUUCAAUGGAAUCUCUAAAUGGCGGGAAAUAUAAAACUUAAUUAUUGUUCUUCUGGGGUUUUUUGUUUGUUUGUUUGUUUUCAAAGAAAACUAUUGAUUUAAUAUUAUUUUACAGACAACAUUAUAAUG